AUGUCCACACCUUCAAUAGCAACCACAAUAAUUCCUGCACACCACUCUCAAUAUGGCUAUCCCCAUCAGAACCUUUACUCUCCGUCAACACGCACAUACCCCGCAACCAACACUCUUCCUGCGCCUCAGAGACUGACGACCUCCUACGUUUCCUCUUACCCGACUGCUCCUCAGUACCAACGACCACAGCCCUCUCCUGCCGUUUCAUAUCGACAACCAUCCAAUCUCUCAAUGGCUCCCUCCCAGCAGAACUCUUCUACAGCCGAGUCUGCCUCCAAACGUCAGCCAGAUUGGAAUGAAUUUUACAAAAAUGGCGUCCCCAAAGAAAUCAUCGUUAUCGAUGAUGAUUCACCCGAUCCCCAAUAUCCAGCAGCCACGUCCAACAUGACAAACAGGCAACCCAGAGCAGAUGGUUCCACUUAUAUAUCUAAUCCCGGCCGAAAAAGAAAAGUCGACCAGGGUUACGAAAUCGAGUAUUCCGACAGUCCAACAUUUUCUACACAUCCUGCAAAAUUCGGUGGCUCUUCAUCGGCCUCAUACCAGUCUGGCGAUCGGACAACUUCUUUGCAGACUGUCACUGCCCCUACAUCUCUGGAGUCUUACGCCGGAAACAAUGCUAGCAGCAGUUUCGAAGAUGUCAGAGCCGGUCAGAAAAGGAAACGAGUUCAACCUCAAAAGGAAACCAGGGCCCAAACAAAACGAAAGCAACAGGAAUCAACCACCGAUGCAUUUGCCGACUAUAUUCCACCCCCCAAGCCACUAAAGAAGGCUGGCGAUGUUCAUGUUCCUGUGAUUCGUGAUAAUUUACACAAACACCAGAAAGCCGACGAUGAUGAUGGUCACUACAUUGUUAGUCCCAAUGUACCUUUGACAGAUCGAUAUGAUAUCAUCAAACUCCUUGGCCAGGGUACUUUUGGAAAAGUUGUGGAGGCAUUCGACAAGAAAAAGAGGACGAAAUGUGCUGUCAAGAUAAUAAGAUCGGUUCAGAAAUAUCGCGAUGCUAGUCGCAUCGAACUGCGGGUUCUCUCCACGCUUGCCCUCAACGACAAAACCAACAGGAACAAGUGUAUCCACCUACGAGACUCCUUCGACUUUCGGAACCACAUCUGCAUUGUCACCGAUCUUCUCGGCCAAAGUGUCUUCGAUUUCCUCAAAGGCAACGGCUUCGUACCCUUUCCCAGUUCUCAGAUCCAGAGUUUUGCACGUCAACUCUUUACCAGUGUGGCUUUUCUGCAUGAUCUCAAUCUCAUUCAUACCGAUCUCAAGCCGGAGAACAUUCUGCUCGUCCAUAAUGCGUAUCAAACAUUCACAUACAACCGGACGAUACCUUCAUCAUCUCACACCAACUCUCGCACUGCCAAGCAGCGACGUGUUCUGUUGGACAGUGAAAUCCGUUUGAUCGACUUUGGAUCUGCCACCUUUGAUGACGAAUACCACUCUUCUGUGGUUUCUACACGACAUUAUCGUGCACCAGAAAUCAUAUUACAACUUGGUUGGAGCUUCCCAUGCGACAUCUGGAGCAUAGGAUGCAUAAUAGUCGAAUUCUUCACGGGUGAUGCUCUGUUUCAGACUCACGAUAACUUGGAACAUCUCGCCAUGAUGGAAGCAGUCUGCAGUGGCAAGAUCGACAACAAACUUGUAAAACAGGUUUGCCAGGGAAGCCGCGGUGCCAAUGGAAACCCUGCCUCCAAAUUCUUCAACCGAGGAAAAUUGGAAUAUCCGAAUAAUGAAACGUCAAAGGCAUCGCGCAAAUACGUCAAGGCUAUGAAGCAUCUCAAUGAAUUUAUUCCAGCCAAUACAAAUUUCAACAAGCAGCUUCUGGACUUGUUGAAGAAAAUCUUUGUUUACGAUCCAAAGAAUCGGAUAUCGGCAAAAGAAGCCCUCAAGCAUCCUUGGUUCAAGGAAACACUUGUCGAUGAUGGCACAGAAGCCAUUCGUAUACGAGAAGAACGUGCCAAUGUGGGGCCUGAUCCCAAAAGAGCACGAGUGUGA